AUGACUCGUGGCAAUCAGCGCGAUAUUGCCAGAGAAAAAAAUUCAAAAAAUCAAAAAAAAGGUCUUUCAUCCUCUGAAAUGGACGGGAACAAAGGUUUGUCAUUGCAAGAGCGUCAAAUACGUGAUGCGGCAAAAAUGCGUGAGAAACAACAAUUAGCUCAACAGAAAAAAGAGGGUGGAAAUAGUGGCGGUGGUAAUAAUAAUGCAUCAAGUGGUGGAGGAGCAGCAGCAAGCACAACAGUUCGCUAA